GCCACACCCUGAAACUACCUGCGCGGGCCAGGAAGCGCGAGAGCGACCGUCGCCGCGGCCGUCGGCGCUGGGCCUGCCCGCAGCUCGGCCCGCCCCUCCCGCGCCCCCCGCCCAGCCCGCGCGCCAUGGGAGCCAUCGGAGUCCCGGGACCGCGCCUCUGAGAUCCGCGACCGGCCGCCGCAGCCAUGAGGAGCGAUCGCGCCCGCAAGGGCGGCGGGGGCCCGAAGGACUUGGGCGCGGGACUCAAGUACAGCUCGCGGCUGGAGAACAUGAAUGGCCUUGAGGAAGGCGUGGAGUUCUUGCCAGUCAACAACGCCAAGAAGGUAGAGAAGCAUGGCCCGAGGCACUGGGUGGUGCUGGUGGUGGUGCUGACCAUCAUUCUCCUGGUUUCCCUCAUUGUCGGCUUCAUGGUGUGGCACUUCCACUACCGGAAUAUGCAGGUCCAGAAGGUCUUCAAUGGCUACCUGAGGAUCACAAACGAGAACUUUCUGGAAGCCUAUGAGAACUCCAGUUCCCCUGAGUUUAUAAGCCUGGCCAACAAGGUGAAGGACGCGCUAAAGCUGCUGUACAGCAGAAUCCCUGCCCUGGGGCCCUACUACAAGGAGUCAGCUGUGACUGCCUUCAGCGAGGGCAGCAUCAUCGCUUACUACUGGUCCGAGUUCCGCAUCCCGCCGCAUCUGGUGGACGACGCUGAGCGCGCCAUGGCCCAGGAGCGCGUGGUCACGCUGCCGCCGCGCGCACGGGCCGGGCACUCCUUCGUGCUGACCUCGGUGGUCGCUUUCCCCACUGAUCCCAGAACACUGCAGAGGACCCAGGACAACAGCUGCAGCUUCGCUCUGCACACCCGCAGCGGGGAGCUGACGCGCUUCGCCACGCCCGGCUUCCCCGACAGCCCCUACCCGGCCCGCGCCCGCUGCCAGUGGGCCCUGCGCGGGGAGGCAGACUCCGUGCUGAGCCUCACCUUCCGCAGCUUUGACUUGGCUCCGUGCGACGAGCGUGGCAGUGACCUGGUGACGGUGUAUAACACCCUGAGUCCCAUGGAACCCCACACCCUGGUGCAGCUGUGUGGCACCUACCCUCCGUCCUACAACCUGACCUUCCUCUCCUCCCAGAACGUCCUGCUGGUCACGCUGAUAACCAAUACAGAGCGGCGAAAUCCUGGCUUUGAGGCCACCUUCUUCCAGCUGCCUAAGAUGAGCAGCUGUGGUGGCUACUUACGUGAUACCCAAGGGACAUUCAGCAGCCCUUUCUACCCGGGCCACUACCCACCCAACAUGGACUGCAUGUGGGACAUUGAGGUCCCCAACAACCAAAACGUGAAGCUGCGCUUCAAAGUUUUCUACCUGCUGGAGCCCAACGUGCCACUGGGUACCUGCCCCAAGGACUACGUGGAGAUCAAUGGGGAGAGGUACUGUGGAGAGAAGCCCCAGUUUGUGGUCACCAGCAGGAGCAACAAGAUCACAGUUCGCUUCCAUUCGGAUCAAUCCUACACAGACACCGGGUUCCUGGCUGAGUACCUCUCCUAUGACUCCAGUGACCCCUGCCCGGGGCAGUUCACGUGCAACACCGGGCGCUGCAUCAAGAAGGAACUGCGCUGUGACGGCUGGGCUGACUGCACCGACUUCAGCGACGAGCUCCACUGCAAGUGCAAUGCCUCCCACCAGUUCACGUGCAAGAACAAGUUCUGCAAGCCCCUCUUCUGGCUCUGUGACGGCAUGAAUGACUGUGGAGACAACAGUGAUGAGCUCAUGUGCACUUGUCCGGACCAGACUUUCAAAUGCUCCAACGGGAAGUGCCUCCCGAAGAGCCAGCAGUGUGAUGGGAAGGACAACUGUGGGGACGGGUCAGACGAGGCCUCCUGCGAGAGUGGGAGAGUCAUCCCUUGCACCAAACACACCUACCGCUGUCACAAUGGGCUCUGCGUGAGCAAGGGCAACCCUGAGUGUGAUGGGACAACGGACUGUAGUGACGGCUCGGAUGAGAAGGACUGUGACUGCGGGCUGCGGUCAUUCACCAAACAGGCUCGGGUUGUUGGGGGCGUGGACGCAGAAGUAGGAGAGUGGCCCUGGCAGGUGAGCCUGCACGCCCGGGGCCAGGGCCACGUCUGUGGGGCCUCGCUCAUCUCUCCCAGCUGGCUGGUGUCCGCAGCUCACUGCUUCAUUGAUGAGAAAGGAUUCAGGUACUCGGACCCCACGCAGUGGACGGCCUUCCUGGGGCUGCACGACCAGAGCGAGCGCGGCGUCUCCGGGGUGCAGGAGCGCAGCCUCAAGCGCAUCAUCAACCACCCGUCCUUCAACGACUUCACCUUCGACUACGACCUGGCGCUGCUGGAGCUGGAGCAGCCCGCCGAGUACAGCACCGUGGUGCGGGCCAUCUGCCUGCCCGAUGCCUCCCAUGACUUCCCUGCGGGCAAGGCCAUCUGGGUCACAGGCUGGGGACACACCCAGCAGGGAGGCAGCGCCGCGCUGAUCCUGCAGAAGGGCGAGAUCCGCGUCAUCAACCAGACCACCUGCGAGAAGCUGCUCCCGCAGCAGAUCACGCCGCGCAUGAUGUGCGUGGGCUUCCUCAGCGGCGGCGUGGACGCCUGCCAGGGCGACUCCGGGGGCCCCCUCUCCAGCGUGGAGGACGGAGGGCGGAUCUUCCAGGCCGGUGUGGUGAGCUGGGGCGAGGGCUGCGCGCAGAGGAACAAGCCGGGCGUGUACACCAAGCUCUCUGUGUUUCGGGACUGGAUCAAAGAGCAAACCGGAGUGUAGGGGCAGGCGCUGCCCGCACCAACGUGUGCAUUUUUGGGGCCACUUGGACAAAGCACCAGGCCCACUGGACAGGCUGACACGCAAGCCUGCAGGCUGACGACUGGACUUCUGACCACAUCUGUGCCUGGGCCCCAGAACCCAGACUGUGAACUGCACCCGGGGCCGGGGUCUGCCUGGACAGCCUCCCCACCCACCAACUCAGCCUGUGCAGGGAGGCUGGGGGUGAUGGGGGGAGGACGCUGGUGGUGCAGCUGGGGACAAAGGUUUGAAGACACAACCUCCCCCUCCAGCCCCACGCUGGGCAGAGUCUCUUCCUGAGACCUGCUUCCUCUGUCCACAGAGCCCCUGGACUGUGGCUCUGGGCUCCGGGGAGGGGCAGGGGUCCCAGGGACAUGCCCUUCAAGAAACCCUGGCCAUCCGAGCCUGGGAAGAUACACAGGAGAAGACUGGAGAAGUUUCACCAGCCCCCAAUGUGGGCUUGAAUGCAUGUGUUUAUUUGUGUGUGUGAGUAAAACAUUUUAUUUCUUUUUAAGUAUUUUUUUUUCCUUACUAGAUUUGAGGCCGUCUUUCCCCUUCCUUUUAACUCACAGGGUGUCCAUAAACUCCUACAGAGGGAAACAUGGGCAACUGCAGCUAAAUAUUCCUUUAUUUAUAAAAUAUUCAGUACAGAACUCUACCAAAUAUUUACAAAAUAUUCUCUACCUAUUGGCUACCUCUUUGUAAAAUUCUGUAAAGAAUAUUUUGUAACACCUGUGGUGCAUCUUACAAGGGUAUUUGUGAAACUUAGUAAAUGUAGAAUGUAAAUGUCUUAACAUAAUAACUAAGAAAGUGCCAGGAAGGCUAUGUUAACCAGUGUGAUAAAAAUGUGCCAAACGGUCUAUAAAACCAGUGUAUGGUGCCCCAUGAUCACAUUAAUGUACACAGCUAUAAUUUAAUUUAAAAAAAUAUUUUGUAAAUAAAGGUGUAUUUAGUUACAAUCACCAUGUAUCCCUAUGUAAGGCAACUUUAUGGGUGACUUCUGGGAUACCCCACAUUUGCACGAAACUGGACUCAAGUAGCCCUCAGCACAGAUGCUGGAGUGGGGCUGAGCGGGGCCCAUGGUGCCCUACCUCCUUCUCCAGGCCAGCAAGGAGCCACAUUCCUGCCCUUACCUGUAGCCUGAGAGACCAGGGGCCUGGUGCCCUGAGAGGAGGGCCACGCAGGCCUGCGAGGAGCCUGGCGCAGAGGCUUGUUGUGGGGAGGUGAUGCGGCUGCUGCCCAGGCCUGGGGCCAGCCUAGGAGGGGGAGGAGGCGUGGCUUGCUUUCUGUGGGGAAUGGUCACAGAAAGUGGUCUGUGGGGAGCACAGACACCAGACUGUGCAAACCCCAGCUGUCCGGCCUGGGCCAAGUGGAUGGGUCCUGAGGCCUUGCAGGAAAGGUGCUGCCUUGCUUAAGGGCAUCCAUAUGCCCCCUGCCAUCCACCAUGAUUUUUACUUAUUGAAAUACUCUCUUUCUCGGGCAGUGCCUGUGGCUCAAAGGAGUAGGGUGCCAGCCUCAUAUGCCAGAGGUGGGGUGCUAGCCCCCGCCAAAAACUGCAAAAAAGAAAAAAAAUGCAUAUACACACACACACACACACACACACACACAUAUAUAUAUAUGUUCUCUCUUUGCUUGGGGUGGGCCAGAGGGACAGUGUCAAAGGUCUGGGGAGGAGUUAGGGAGCUUUUGAAGGGAGCUUUGAGGGUUUGUAUGUUGAGGCACCACACGUGCUGGGGAGAGGCUGUACCUACAGAGGAAUCACAUGGCCCUGUCCUGUGGCCUCUGCUCAUCGCCGUAUCCCUGGGUCAGGCCUGUUUCUAGAAGAUGCUCGUAGGUAAUUGUUGAAGGAGUGGUCUUUGCUGUCCAUGACUACGGAAACAAAGUGGAGGAAAGGAAACCGCCUACUGGGGGCAAUCCAGCGAGCCUUCUCCAAGGCGGUGGGGUUUGAGCCGCCUGCCUGAGUGUUUCACCCUCUUGAGGAAAUAAGGUUUUGUCUGGAACCUGUGCAAGCAUUCCUGUUGAAUUUCUCUCCCAGGGGAGGGAAAGAAUUAUCUGUUCUUAUCAAGGUAUGAAGUAUGGGAAGUAGAAUGAAGACACCACAAACCGCAGACCGUACCGUGUUGUAAAUGUCCUUCCUUUUUUUCUUGAUGUGGUCACUCCCUCCUGAUUGUGUUGGUCAGACGUGUCCCAGUGCAGGUGCUGAGCCAGAGACGACAUUAAAUCAAGAG